AUGCUCCUGCUGCUCCUGGAUGUCUUGCGAGCAAAGAGCAGCGGAUACAGCGGCGUACACGGGUCAUAUAACGUCGCAGCGCGACACGGUGCACACCCGGUUCUCCCCCUCACGUUCAUUCAUCUCAUCACUACUUCUUCACCUUACUUCACCACAGCUGUUGUUCCCCCCCGCCGCCCUGGACGUUCGCCCCAUCUAACCGCUGACCCGCUCGAAACACCCAUCAUGUCCAAAGAGGGCAUUACUCACUACGAGGGGUACUCGCCAUACACCUUCGAGGACCCCCACAGCCCGGUCGAGAAGCACCGCCCGCUGGCCGAGAACGGCCUCGACGGCGCCGUCACGAACGAGAAUGAGCUCAACCAGGGUUUCUCUUUCGCGCUCAUGCUCGGUGGAGCAUGGGCAAACUUGUUCAACACGCUUUCCACCACAAUCGUGUUCGGCGGGCUCGCCGAGUUCACGUCUAGCUGGCCGACAUCGUCUGGGCCGCAGGAGUGGGCGUUCCAGCUCUUCCCGCGCAAGAUGAAGCGCGCCGGGUCGUACUUUGUCGCCUGGUCGCUGUCGUGUCUCUACCUCUUUGCCACGAUGGCGAGCACGGUCAUUGUGUCCAAGCAGAUUGCUGGUUUGGCCGCGUACCGCGACCCGACCUACGUCCCUGAGGCGGUUCAUGUCUGGGCCAUCAAUGUCGGCAUUCUCUUCGUGUGCGCGCUCAUCAACCUCUUUGGCAUCCGCGCAAUGCACUCUAUUCAGACUUUCUCGCUGUGCUGGUUCAUCUGUGGCUUUUUCGUGUGGCUCAUCGUACCCCUCGUCAAGGCCAAGAACACCGUGGGCUACACCCCCGCCAAGGAGGUGUUCACCAACAAUGACCUCAACCUCUCUGGCUGGAGCAACUUUAUCGCGUUCAUGAUCGGGACCGCAGGCGUUAGUGCCGGCUACGGUAUCCCUGAUGCAGUGACGCACAUUGCAGAGGAGACGAAGCGCCCCGAAGUUGACCUCCCCAAGAUCAUGAUCAUGUCGCCCCUCAUCUCCCUCGUCACCGCGACGGGCAUGUGCCUUGCUUUCCUCUUCUGCAACGUGCCCCAGAUCACCAUGGCGCUCUCGCCCACCGGCGUCCCCUUCAUCGACUUCCUCGACGCCACCGUUGGCAACCGCGCUGGCGUGACGGUCAUGGUCGUCAUUCUGAUCUAUGCCCAGUUCGUCGCCUGUCUCGAGUGCCAGCUCGCCUCCUCGCGUACCCUCUUCACCUUUGCGCGCGAGGGCGGCGCCUUCUUCCCCUCCAUCCUGGGCCGCGUCAACCUCACCCUCCAGGUUCCCGUCUGGACGGUCCUCUUCAACUUUGUCUUCUGUGCCGCCCUGACGCUGCUUCUCCUCGGCUCCGAGACCGCGCUCAACGUCUUCCUCAACUGCUCCGGAACCCUCGCGCUGUGCACUUACGGCCCCCUCUUCAUUGCCAGCAUUGCGUCCCGCCGCAGGUUCUUCAAGGGCCCCUUCUCCCUCGGCCGGUGGGGAUUCUUCAUCAACAUCACCGCCCUCGUCUACCUCGUCUUUGUCGUCAUCUUCUGGUUCUUCCCGUACAUGAAGGCAUGGAAGGGGGACAACAGCAUGUUCAACUACAACAUCGCCAUCGUGCCCGGUGUCAUGCUCCUGGGCUUGCUCGCCUGGUUCGCGAGCGGCCGCAGGACGUACCUGACGCACCGCACGCUGAUCUAA